GGUCGGGGUCGUGGGGAGCCUCAGCUGAACUGUGGGAAGGAGCAAGGGUUCCACUCUGUGACAUCACAGUGUCCAGCCCAGGCCUGAUUUGACUCUUGAGCAGGACGAGUAACAGGAGGGUCAGUAACUGACAGGAGAGGUGGAGCACUUCCGGAGGAGCUCAGAGGGUCACCAGCCAUGUCUCUGGUUCAGGGCGAUAACCAAUUGGCUGAUAGAGUAACAAAUGAAAAGUAACCUGACUCCAUUGACCCACUCAGCUCUGCGUAGGAACAUGGGAAGGAGCAGCUGUUUGCUUUGAAACAGGGGAACAGCCUGAGAAAAUGGCAUGUAAUACACCUUACCAACGGCAGCGAACUGUGUCAACAACUGGAGAGACUCUGUAUGAGAUUCUUGGUCUGCAUAAGGGAGCUUCACAUGAAGAAAUUAAGAAAACCUACAGAAAAUUGGCCCUGAAACACCAUCCAGACAAGAAUCCAGAUGAUCCCAUUGCUGCUGAAAAGUUUAAAGAAAUCAACAACGCCCACACAAUACUGACGGACAUGUCGAAGAAGAACAUAUAUGACAAGUAUGGAUCACUGGGCCUCUAUGUGGCUGAGCAAUUUGGAGAAGAAAAUGUGAACACCUACUUUAUGCUCUCAAGCUGGUGGGCAAAGGCCCUGUUCAUCAUCAUUGGCCUCCUGACCGGCUGCUAUUUUUGCUGCUGCCUGUGCUGCUGCUGCAAAUGCUGCUGUGGACACUGCCAGCCCAAAUCAUCGAUGCCUCCAGCAGAUGACUUCUAUAUGUCCACAGAGGAUCUCGAGAUGCAGAUCCGCAUAGAUGCAGAAAAAGAUAUGGACUUUCCGGUUGUUCUCCAGCCCACAAACGCAAAUGAGAAAACACAGCUAAUCAAAGAAGGACCUCGAAGCUACUGCACAGACUCUUGAUAUUGAGCCCAUUGAGGGUCCACACUACCUCCUCUUGGUUCAGCCAUGUCUCCAGGUGAUCAUGGAGAAAGAGGGGCAAUGAGAUGCUGUGAACUUUUCCACAUUUGUAUUUUAUUUUUAUGUUAGGGAAAGAUGAUUGGUAUAUAAUUUUCUCAGUAGGCAGUCUUUCUUCUUGAGUAGAAUUUCUAAUGAAACAUAUUCAAUUGUGAUGAAUAAAGGCCCAAAGAGCUGUUUUAUGCUCCUUACAUGAGGUAAGACAGUGGCAUUAGGAAGCUUUUAUGAGCUUGUCCUUUAUGUGUGCCCAGACCUCACUUCUCACAGACUAAAGUUGUACCCAAAAAAGAAGCCACUUUUCAUCCACUUAUCUAAUUGCAGUAUUCAUAUCAGCCACAAAUCAUCAGCAAAAUAGACAUGAGCAUUUAGGAGGAUUUGUGUGUGUGUGUGUGGAGUUCUUUGUCAAUAUUCACCAUGGUUAUAGAAACAUUUCAAAAAGCAAGAAAGGACAAUUAGGUUUAAAAAAGACAAAUCACAUUGCUUUAAGUUGUCUUUGGAAGAUUGAAAAUUGACAUUUACUGAAAAGUGACAAGUAAAACCAGGAAGAAACAGGUUUUAUGUGUACUUUUAGAUUGACUUUAAAAAAAUAACUUCAACCUGAUUAAAUCUUAUAAGAGAUUCCAAAAUUAUUCUGAGCUAGAACCUGUCCCAAAAACAUGCAUUGAUCAUUUUUUAGUAAAAUAUUUUAAGUGGUCCAGAUUAGCCAUACUGAGUAAAAGAAAUACAUGAGGUAGGGGUAGAAUUCUAAAUUCUAUAGUCUAAAUUUACAUUUAAAGAUAUAUUAUUUUGGUGAAAUUAAUUACAUUGAUUAGAAAAUGCUGAGCUCAGGAUACUGGGCAAUUUAAGCUCUGAGGUCAUCUCUGCUCGUUUGAUUCUUAAAUUCCUCACGUACUAGAAACCAUGUGCUAUUUCUGCAAUAGUACAGCAGCAAAGAUGUUUGUGUUUCCUAGGUCUUUCUUAGUUCUUUAUAUAAUAUUGCACUUUCAAGACUUUGUUAUAUUUUUAUAUAAUAUUGCAUGAAAUGCCAUCUUCCUUUUUCUUUUUUAUCCCCUUCCAUACCAAACUACAGUCAAUUGCUGCUAAAUAUAUACUGUUAGUGAGAAUUAGUUAUUUCUCUUAUAGUUUUGAAGCCAUUAAAACUCUGUGCUAAUUCUUGAGCUACUGGGAUUUUUUUCUAUAUAUCAAAUAGAAAGAGCCUUGUUUUGCUAGUCAAGAAGCCUGGUUCUAUGUAAGUUCUCAGUAACUUAACUACCCCUAUGAUCAAGUGAAAUAUGACCCUGUUUGCAUGUCUGCCCUGACCACCUUCAAGUUGCUAUGAGACCAGAUGAGAUAGCUGAGGUGAAGGAAUUCUGAAGUCAAGUGUUUCACAAACGUUAAGUUAGUUUUGGGUGAAAACUGUAUAUGUUGAUACAUACAGACAAAUGUAACACGUCUUCUUUAUGAGCGUACUUCACAAAUUUAUGGAAAACAAAACUGAAAGAUACCUUUUAGUGUACAAAUGUUUGAAAUCCUUACAUACCAGGGUCUUCAAAAGGUUCAGGAAAAGGCAUAUAUGGAAAAUGUAUGUAUGGAUUUAAAAAUUAUUUUU